AUGACGUCCAAGCAGAGUCCCUCAGCAGAACAAAUCGAGUCUGCAGACUACAUCACUCCCGCCGUUGAGACGGUCCCCAAACCCACCGCAACCGCCGAGAAAGCAGCCCAGUUCCUGGCGACGACCGCCGUAGACCGCAGCUUCACACCCGAAGAAGAGAAGGCUGUGCGGCGCCGGAUCGAUUCUCGAGUCCUCCCUUUGCUCUUGGGCGCCUACUUCUUCCAGCAACUCGACAAGUCCAGUCUUUCGUACGUCUCAAUCUUUGGGCUCGUCGAAGAUGCCAAUCUCGUCGGCCAGCAGUACUCGUGGCUCGGCUCGAUCCUCUACCUCGCGCAGCUGGUUAUGUUUAUCCUGGUUGCCAUUAUCGCUGUUAUUGCGGAUCUGUACCUCUACUGGCUCAACAAGCGGCAUGCCAGAAGACGCCAAGAGCUGGGUAAGAAUGCAAGGGUCGUGGAUGAGAGUAUGCUUGGGAAGGCCAAGAUCCAGCAAAGCAAGGCUGCUGCAGUGGAAGACGGUGCAGGUGAAGAGCAAAAGACGGAGGCGAGUGUUGUGGACAAAGGGUUCCAGGACACAACGGACCUGAAGAACGAGGACUUUAUCUAUGUAUACUGA